GACCUUGGUGUCACAUUUCCUGGAGUCCCGUGACACAAUGAGUCUGUGGUAUACGUUACUACAUCAGAUCACCUGGCGCAGUCCCGCAGCCAGCACCUGGGAGUCGUUAACACAGGGGAAUAGUCGGAUACAGCCGUCAGUAUGAAGACAGAAUACUCAUAUGGAUCUGGUUUUCAGGCCACGGAAGACAUGCGGAUUGCUUUUGAAGAAUAUGGAUAUAUCAUAGUUAGAGGUAUUUUGGACUCGGAGGAAAUUACGAAACUGAGGAGGAGUAUUGAGGAGAAUGAGGAGCUGAUGCAGAAUUCGUUUGAGCUCUCUGACGGAAGCGAGCGCAGAAGCCGCGCAUGCGUGUGGAGCCAUCCCGGUAAUGACGUAGCUGGAAUGGUCGUACGGAGUCAGAAGAUUGCAGGAACCUGUGAGAAGCUUAUGGAAGGCGAGGUGUAUCACUACCACUCCAAGGUGAUCAUGAAAGAAGCGAGAACGGGCGGGAAGUUUGUCUGGCACCAGGAUUAUGGUUACUGGUACAAGAACGGUUGUCUGACUCCUGACCUGAUGAGUGUGAUGAUCGCCAUUGACAAGUGUGAGCAGGCUAACGGAUGUCUGCAGGUCCUGGAGAAGUCGCACAAGUGUGGGCGGAUCGAGCACCUGCGGGUCGGGGGACAGACUGGGGCGGACCUCGACCGGGUGGAGCUCAUCAAGAACAUCUGUCACUUGAAAUACGUGGAGCUGCAGCAAGGUGACGCCCUGUUCUUCCACUCCAACCUCCUGCACAACAGCAGCGCCAACACCAGCGACGACCGACGUUGGGUCCUCAUCCCCGCCUACAACCGACGCUCCAACAACCCGGCGUUCGAACAUCACCAUCCUCUCUACACCAAGCUAGAUAUUGUUCCAGACGCCGCCAUCAAGUCGUGCACAACGUAUGUUGACAACACUGGGAAGGAGUAUAUGGACCCUGACACCGACAAGACAAUCGUGAAGUUAAACCCCGACGAACAAGCCUGAUGGACAAACCUGAUGGACAACCCUGAUUGGACAACAUUCAUCUCUAGAUGAAUAUACUACUAUUCGAGAAACGUGUAUCAGGCGUCAUAUGUUGAUGUCUUUAACGACGUGGCUGUUCGGGAACUGUAACUUUGCUGUUAUCUUACACAUGAAUGUUGGAUUCUCAUUGGCUGAGACUCAAUCUGUUAUUUUCAAUACACCCCGCUACCAAGUAUGGUAUAUUUCUUAUGCUCCCCGCUCGAAUUGCCAAACUGUUGGCAUUACAUUUGCAACAUACCAACCACAAGUUUGUAUCUCGAAUAAUGAUUUAAGACGCCAUUUUCCGGAUAUUUACGAUAUUUUCCGAAUGAAACAGAUCUGUGGGGAAUAACUCUAAGUUUGUUUUCUGUCGACUGCUAUUGUUCGAUGAUAGUGAAAAAUAAACGAAGUGACUAAAUGCCUAACUGACGUAUUCCUAGCGAUCCGUGCCACAGCUAGCAUGAAUAAGACAUACCUACAAUGUAAUUAGGUGUGCGCUUAGAUAAAUUCGUUGUGCACUGGUCUUGCUACCACACACUGGUAGACACAUUGUAUGAAUAAAUUAUGCACAGAACGACAAUAAUGAUAUCCUCAGUGAAUUCUCGUCAUCUCAAUAAAAUUAUUUAUUAUC